UUUAAAGCUAUCACACAGUUUGUGGUUGUCAGUGCAGCUUCCAAGUCUCUUCACUGGUGCAUCAUGCCGGUUUUUUGGGGGAAAUUUACUGUGUUUUAUUUCUGUGUCAUCUCUUGCUGUUCACUAAAUUUUGUUAGGCUUGAGGAUGACCUAAAUAUACCAGCAAUCGCCAAAUAUUUCAACACAAAAGGGAGGUAUGAAGAAGUGAACCCAUAUCUCAGAGAUGACAUACUGGCUGUAAACACAUCAAUUCUCCAGCUUCCAUCUGCACAGUGUCGAGAAAUCCAUCUGACUGCGAUAAUAAGACAUGGAACGAGAUACCCGACCACCAAAAGCAUCAAGGAGAUGCAGGAGUUUUACAACAUUGUACGACACAAUGCCUCAGGUGAACAGAGCUGGCUGCAGGAAAUCCAGACGCAGUGGACGAUGUGGUACACGGAGGACAUGGACGGCAGGCUGGUCCAGAAAGGUGUGAACGAUCUCAAGCAUCUGGCUGUCAGGCUGUCAAAGCUGUUCCCUUCGCUGAUUUCAGAGAAGAAUCUGCGAGGUGGACUCAUCAAAUUCAUCACCAGCUCCAAGCACAGAUGCGUCAACAGCACGCUGUCCUUCAAGGCAGGACUCACAGAGCUGUGGACUAUUACAGAUCAGGAGUUUGAGCAUGCAGUGAAUGAUGCUCUCAUGAGGUUCUUUGACCAGUGCACCAGGUUUGUGGAGGAGGUUGACAACAACCCAUCAGCCAUGACAGAGUUGGACAAGUUCAGAGAGGGAGCAGAGAUGAAGAGGGUGGAGGAGAAGAUCGCAGACCGCCUCGGAGUCGAGUACAGCCUCAUCACAGACGAUAUGGCUGAGGCUGCGUUUUACUUGUGUGCCUAUGAAUUUGCAAUCAAGGCAAUGAACUCCCCCUGGUGUCAGCUCUUUGAUGAGGAUGAUGCAAAGAUUAUGGAGUAUGAAGCUGACCUGAGAGAAUUCUGGAAACGAGGCUACGGUCAUGAUGUUAACAGCAAGUCGAGCUGUAUCCUCUUUCAUGAUGCAUUUAGUCGGCUGGACAAGGCAGCCAGCGAGAACAAGUUAGGCCAGCCGGUGACUGAAGCUGUGACGGUCCAGAUCGGCCAUGCUGACACCCUCCUGCCCCUCCUCACUCUGCUGGGUUUCUUCAAUGACAGCGAUGCCCUGACAUCAACCAACUACGCCACACAGACCCAACGCUCCUUCCGCACCAGCCACAUGAUGCCCUACGCGGCCAACUUAGUCUUUGUGUUGUACGACUGCGGGGGAGGCGACCUCAGACUGCAGCCGCUGCUCAACGAGAAGCCUGUGACGUUCCCUGGUUUGGAUGAUCAGCAGCACUCCAUGCCGCUCUAUCAAGAUGUCAGAAACCACUACAGGCACCUGCUCAGUGGCUGUGACUUCGAGAUAGAAUGUCGGCUGCUCAAGCACCCUGCCGUGUAGGCAGACAGUCACUGUGGCUAUAUUCUCUUAUAAUUGCAAAAUCAAAUAAACAAUGUGCUCCCACAGUUAAGAGUCAA